AUGGGAAAUUGCUUAAGAUCACAAGAAAAAGUAGUACAAAUCGUAAAACCUGAUGGCAAAAUCCUCGAAUACAAAGCAUCCAUAAAAGUGAGCGACGUGUUGUCAGAAUUUCAGGGACAUGGACUGUCAGAUAAACUUCCAGUCCUGCAAUAUCUGAAGCCAAAUAUUGAAUUGGUAGCUGGUAGUUUAUACUACCUUAUACCUGUUCUGACUCAAUCUCCAAAGGUUGGAAAAAAGAAGGUAAGAUUUGCUGAACCAGAGAAAAUGGAAGAAAAGAAGAGCCAAGAUACAAGUCUAACCAUAAAGUUGGUUAUCAGCAAACAAGAGCUGAAGGAGAUGCUAAAGAGUGGAGCUCUCUCACUGGAUGAACUAGUUUCUAAGCAACAGAACGAUAAAUGUCGAACAGAGAUGCUCGAUGAACAAAGUUAUGGAAGCAAGACAUGGACGCCUUCAUUGAAAAGCAUAUGUGAAGCAGCAGACUAG